AUGGCCUACGAUCACUCUAAUCCUCCGUCCCGCCCGUCUUCCGCUGUUCCUCCGACAUCGCCUCGCAUCAACAAGCCGGUCCCUUCGCGCCCUUCCAAAACUCCCUCCGCCGACUACGGCGGCUACGAAGUCACGUUCUCCGAAUCUAUCAUUCUACACAACGUGCGCGACAUGUUCAAGACGAUCACGUUCGGCAGCCUUGCGUUCCCGUUCUCGGAGGACUUUAGCGAGGGCCUCGUCGAGGAGCGACCGGGCGUGCUGAGGUUCUACAUCUUCGGUCCGCCGGUCGAGGUUGCCAUUAGCGGCGAAGAGGAUGCAGACGCCUUCUUCCUCGACAGCCGCUGCUCCUCAAGCGACUCCUUCGACGAUGCCCUGCCGACUCCUCCUCAAUCCCAGUCCCCCGACCAGCCGUGCUCGCCCGUCUCUCCGUCGGGCCGUACCGAGAAGCUGGGCGCUCCCCGCGCCAAGCCCAAGCCUUUCAACAUGUCGUCCACGUACUCACAGGACUACGCGACUGCGGCCCAGUUGGCGCAGCCACGCUAUUGCCGCCUCUGCAGUGUCGACGCACACUCGCAUCGGAGAUGCCCCACUCGGUGCGUCCUGCCCAGGUGCCGCCGACGUCCUGUUCACGCCACGGGCACAUGCUUCUACCGCAAGCGCGUGUGCACUCGGUGCGGCGGGAGCGGCCAUGGCCAGGAGAGAUGCACCACAACUACCUUCGUCGACGCGUCUCAGGCAGGAUGA